AUGCUGAAAGGCAUGUCCUUCGCCUUUUGGUACGCUCUAGAUGUCGUCCACCAAGCUGUCCGAUUCCUCAGACAACCUCUUUCUUUUCUCGUAUUCCUAUGGGUGCUAGCCUUCUUGUUUGGGAAGAUAUCCGGAGUCCUUCAGAUGGCCCUUCAGCCGUUCUGUAUCAUCCCUGGCAUAUCCCAUUCGUCGCUCUGUGUAUCUCCCUCGCCUCAUGCACGUGCCCCCAAACAAGCCGAUUUCUCGGCGCUUGUGGAGGUUCAAAGCGCCACUUUUGAGCAAUUGCUAGAUGGCUCUGUCGAUGGUUCCAUGCUCUCUUUAGACCUUAGAAAAGCAGAGAUGGCCACGUCAAACCUCGCUGCCCUCGUCCGCGUUAGCCAACUCAAAAGCCGUGAACGACUCAACGACGCGCUGUCGAACUUUAUUGGGUCAGCCAAGGAGGCCGCCAUAGGACUGCAAAGAUUUAGCUCCCAUGUACAGUAUACCGUGGAUCGCAUUAUUGCUGUCAAUGACUAUUCAUUGAACACCAUCGAAGAAGCGCGCGCUAAAGACGGGAAAUAUUCUCUCCAGAGCCUCAUCCCGUGGUCGUCUCCCACUUCAUCGCAUGAGAUGAUCUUGAAGACAUUUAGUGAAUCCAUGGACAUACUGUCGCAAAUGACGGAGAUCCUCAUUCUGAAAGCCCAAGUACAGUUGAAGAACCUUGAGGAUUUAGAGGGGAAUCUCAUUGUCAUCAACGACAUCAUCGUCCGAGAGGAUUCGGAAAUCUCUGCUGACAAGGCAGAGCUCCUCGCCGCAUUGUGGACCUACCUCGGAGGAAACAGAAACACGUUGAGGGAGUAUGACCACCGAUUGGGAUUGCUCAAAAACAUGAGCGAGUAUCGAGAGAAAGCUCUGCGACAUGUCUACUCCGAAUUGCACAAGCUGCAUGAGAUGAGUGGAAACAUUGAAGUUCUCCGAGAGCAUGUCUCUGAACCGGCACUGUUGGGAUCUUUCGUCCCACCCGAGGUUCACAUCAAGAGCAUCAAGAAGGGUUUAGAGAGGCUAGAGACAUCUAAUCGCCAGGCGAGAGAACGGGAGAGAGAUGCUAGAAAACUUCUCGCAUAA